CUUUGUUUAAUGAUAAAGUAUUUAAUUGUGAUUGUGGAGGAAGAGUUAUGUGGUUUAUCUCAAUUAUCUCUGAUCUCCAGUCUAACUUCAUCAUGUCCAUGCAUAAAACUUUUAUCAUGUAAAAUUACAUAGGAUUUAUUUAACACUUUUUUCCUAUAAAGCAGCCUAGGAUUGUACCAGAAAAAGGGACUUUAGAAAGAUUCUGAUCUGAACAAAGUAAACUAAGGAGAAUUCAUAUUAUAAGCCUUCAUCUUUCAUCAUGUCGACAACAGAAGAAGCCACUCCUGCCACAGAAACCAUCACUGUAACCACGGUAACAGUCACAGACCCAACCACAACAACAGCUGCAACCACUGCAACAACACCACAAAAACCUGCCCUCGUUUUCAGAGUGAAUAGAAAAAUAGACAAAAAUGAUCCACUCCGAUUUCAAGGAGAAGGAAUAAGCUUUAAUGCUAAAAUGAUAGGAACUGAGGAAGUCCCUGAGGCAAGAGGAGACAAAAUGUGUCAGGACAAAAUCCAGAAGUUAAAGGCAGAAAUCAAAGCUUUAGGUGUUCACAAACAGAGAAUUAUAGUCAAUGUAUCAGAGGAAGGAAUAAAACUUGUAGAUGUUAGACAUGGGGUAGUAGAGCAUGCACAUCCAGUACACAAAGUAUCUUUUAUAUCGAGAGAUAUGAGCGAUUCCAGGGCCUUUGGUUAUAUCUUCAGUACAGAGGAGAAAAAACAUAUAUUCUAUGGCAUCAAAACAGAAAAAGCAUCUGAAGCUGUUGUCUUGACACUGAGAGACUUAUUUCAAGUAAUAUUUGAAAGAAAAAAGAAAGAAAUGGAGGAAGCAAAGAAGCAGCAAGAAUCCCCAGAAAAUAAAGAAGAGAAACAAGAUCCAAAUGUUAUUAAGUUAGAUGGAGAAUUAAAUACAGAAUCAAAUACAGAUGAAGAACCUGUCUAUUCAGAACUAUAUAUAUAUAAUGGAUAUGAUGAAAUAUCAGAACCUAUCUAUGAAGUACCUACAAACAACAGACUAGUCAAAGAGAGAGCUGGAAGUUCAUUGGUAGAUUUAGAAAGUGAACUUGAGACUAUUGGUCAGGGUAUAGAGCAAAUGAACAAGCUAGAAACAUUUUUUGAAAGUGAAAAUCCACCAACAUCAUCUCCAUCCAAUGAUCCAUGGGGUUCUCCCACAUCCACCUCCACAGCUGGUGGAGCACCCACAUCCACAUCAUCUGACCUUCAAGAUAUCGACUUGUUUGGUAAUAAACCAGCUUCUCCAGUAGAUAAAAAUGCUAUUCUAGGACUUUUUGGAAAUCAGCCCACAAUGCCACAAAAUCCAGGAAUGCUGCAUGCUGGUUAUGCAGCUCAAGGUCAGCAAGGAUUUGGAGGUCAACCUCAGCAGGGAUUUGGUGGUCAACCUCAACAAGGAUUUGGUGGUCAACCUCAACAAGGAUUUGGUGCACAAAGUCAGGCAGGGUUUGGUGCUCAACCAGGAGCACCACUUACAGUUCAAACUGGAUUUGGACAACAAGGAUUUGGAGGUCCACCAGCACAACAAGGAUUUGGAGGAGCACCAGCUCAACAAGGAUUUGGAGGAGCACCAGCUCAACCAGGAUUUGGAGUACCAACAUCUCAGCCAGGGUUUGGAGCCCCUGCUGCAAAUCCAUUUGGACAACCUGCGGGAGGUUUUCCACCUGUACCACAGAGACCUGGCUUUGGAGGUCCAGCACCUAAUCAACCUAAUCCAUGGGGAGCUGCAAAUUCAGGAAUGCCAGCACCUACCAAUGAUCCAUUUGGGGAACCAGUUUUAGCUCCUCAAAAGAUGCAAGGUGAAGGAGGGCGAGACUCUCCUAAACCUCCAGCAGAUGCUUUUGGAGAUCUUUGUCAAAUUAAAACCAAAAGUACCGACAAGACUCCAAAACAGCUGUUUGCCCAACAAACUGCUGCUACUAAAAAACCAAUUAACGAAUUAGCAAAAGCUAAUCAACCACAAGUACAGGCAAGUUCAGAAGAUCCUUUUGGCACUUUCGAUUCCUUUUCUCUACCAGAUGCUGCAAACUUCAAGACAACACAAGCAAGUCAUGAUCCUUUUGAUACAUCCUUUAUAAACAAUCCUCUCAAAGCAAUGCAACAUGCUGCAUUUCCUGCUUGCAACAACAAUGCCAAUACUCAAAAUAAACCAGACCAUCUGCACGUGUCGUCUGCUAACAAUGGAGAUAGUGACAGUGACAAUUUUGAUAUGCCUUCUCCAGAAGGACCUCCACCGCCACUGCCACCAGAGAGGAAAAUUGAUAAAAUUGCUGCAAUACCCCCUGCACCCCCACCACGCCCCUUAUCAGGCACAUCCCACCAACAGCACUCCUGUGAUAAACCUGUACCAGCAUUACCACCUAGAAAUAUGUCAACAGAAUCUCAAAAGACAAGUAUAAUACCUGUUCCACGACCCAGACCUCAGAGCAGAAGUCUGAGUGAUAAAUCUCUGGGAGAAUCUCAGUCUAGUCAAAGUAACUUAAGUGCAAAUACUCAAAAGAAAGUUGAAGAAAAUAAUAAUUUAAAUGCUUCAUCUCAAGAUGAUGAUAAAUUGAGUAUCAAAUCUUCAAAUUCAUCCGGGUCAAGUAGUCGUUUUGUGAUUGAAGAUCCGUUUCAGAGCAAUGAUCCCUUUGCAGACUGUGAUCCUUUUAAUUCAUCUGAUGGAUUUUCUAAAGUUUUUGACAAUAAUUCCACUGAUCCAUUUUCUUCGCCAUUUAGUAUUCAAACAAAAGGACAGAAAAGUGAGCAUUUAGAUUCAUCCACGGAUCCAUUUGCUGCGUUUGAUUUUAAGAGUAAUGGUGUUAAAAAAAAUAUUAAAGUUUCAACAGAUUCUAACAGUAACAAACCAAAAGCGCCACCACCUGCCAACGACCCAUUUGAUACCUUCUUUAAAUAAAACAUUACUUACGAUGAAGAUACCAGUCAACAGUCAGCUUUAAAAGAUAUUGUAAACUAGUGUUCAAAGAAAUUGUAUUAAACCAUUUACUUUGUUCAUUAUAUAUGCAAUAUAAUAUUACAUACAAAACCUCUUUUUUUAUUUUAUAUUAUGAAUUUAAUUUAGAAUUUAAAUUGUAUAUUACAAUUGUUCAUUCAUUCAUUUAUAUACAUUAUAGUGAAUAAAGCAAAAAAAAAAAAGUUUACAAUUACACUAAAUGGUAGGGUCACUUUAUUUUGGCAUUAGAUUAUUAUCUUUUUUGGAACUAUGCAGUUUUUUUGUCUUGAAUAUUUUUCUUAAUUCAGAAAUGUUAAUGAAAUCCAAAUCAGAAUAUAACGAAUUUACACCACAUUGAAUGUAGUAUUUUAAAUUUGGUUUAAUAUAUUGUAAAAAAAAAUCAUGUUAACUUUGUCAUGUUUGUUAUUUUAUAGAAGUCUUUUCAAGAAUUACAAGAAUAAUUUUACAGUAUCUUGAAUUGAAAAUAUUAUUAGUCAAUUUCUAUGCAUUUUGAAAAACACAGUACUAUUAACAUAAACAGUGCCUUUACAACUUUUUAAGUAAAAAAUAGUAAAAGAAUAUUUUUGUAUUGAUUGUUUAUUUGUUGUUCAUGUUUUUUGAGUAAAGUCACAAGUAGAUAAAAGUUGAGAUAGAGCGAUAUCAAUAUUUUUUAAAUGUAAAUAAACUCAUCAUAGAUACCAGGACUAAAUUUUUUAUAAGCACAACUUUGUUAGACAUGGGGUAAUUAAAAAAAAGGCAUUUUGUUUUGACACCAGUCUGAUGAUGCAGACUGUGCAUUGACCACUUGGUUUUGUUUGUUUUUGUAUUGUUUGGUUGCUGUCUAUAUCCAAAAUGUACCUUUCUGUAGGGACCAAUAUACUGAAGUAUUAUUGUUUGUUAAAUGUGCCUUGUCUGUUACAGAAUUUGAAUUUUGAUUUAUUAUAUUAAUAUAUAAGAAAAAUACUCCUUUACAUGGAAUAGAUUAAACUUAUUUUGAGAGGUCAGGAUUAUUUUUUGCUAGGGAAGAAUGCAAGUUAUGGUAGCCACUGCCAAGAAGAUGAGAUGUUUUAUUUAUUUAUUUGCUUGUUUGUUUAUAUGUUGUUUUUGUGUUUGAACCAAACAGCACAAGGUUAAAGUUCAAGAUCAAAAGUAAGCAUUAGUACCUUAGUUUCUGUAAUCUUUUUUUUUCUCAGCAAGGUAAUACAAUGUAGUGCAAUAAAUACUUUUUAUUGUUGAAUUUAUUCAUUUUAUUUAUAUAUAUAUAUAUAUGUAUACUUAUAAGCCAUGGAGUGAGCAGGUACAAUAAAGUGCUCAGUGAUGUCCCCGCCCCUCCUCCCAUCAUCUAUGUUACUUUCUACAAGUUAUAGUUAUUCCAUGUUUUUUUAAAGUUAUAAAUUAAGUUUAUGCAUUGACAGAGAAAUUCACUUAAUUGAAGUCCUAUGUUAACUUCUUUCAUAAUUCCAGCAGAAGCAGGAAGAAAUAUCACUAGGAAGAAGGGAAAAAGGGGUCAAAUUUUAUAGAAGAAAAAAUGUGUCAAAAAUUAAUAGUCUAAAACUGUUAUUUUAACUUUUUAUUAUUUUGAACCUUAAUGUAAAGCCUAUUUUAAUAUUUUUUUGCCAAUCCAAGGUCCUAUGUCACUUUCUACAUUUUCUUUCGCUCUAGCGCACACAUUUGUUUAUUUAUUAGAAAAUUUAAUAGUCUUAUGCUUUUGAUUCAGUGAAAGGUCUUCAAACUAUUUAUAACAGCUAGCACAUGUGAAAAUCAUAUAUCAUGUUAAAAAAUGCUUUUUAGUAAGAUUAUAGCAGAACAAAUGUGCCUUACUGUUAUUGAAGUAUUUCUGUGAAUGUUUUAUAUUGAGCUACAUCAUUAAAUAUAUACAAUGUAA